ACCUCCACCUUGCUGGGAUGCUGGCUCCGCCCCCUGGCUGGUACCCUAUAUAUACAGGAGACCUGAGCCCAUUCUAUCACACCUGACAUACACAGCCAUGGGCAUAGUCACCCUCCUCUUCAUCGCCUUCCUCUCCUGUGCCAGAACGGCUCAGCCUCACCAAACAGAUGAGGACUCUGCUGAAAACUUCAUGGAAGUGCCUCCUAAUUUCCUAGAUUCACAGUUGGAUGAAAGCGUCUCAUCACAACCCUUAUCGCAAGAAAAAGGCGCAUUGAGCUCCUUUUUAAAAACUCUUCUGCACUGGAGGACAUCACGCAGCUCCUUCCACUUCCAACCACAAAGGUUUGGAAGAGAUGAACACAGCUCAAUACUGGGCGACGGCCGGCUUCAUUCUCGAGGAUGGGACUCGGCACCGCAGUUUUGGAGCAUGGCGGUACCUCAACGCUUUGGGAGAAAAAAAUAAACCCAAAAGACAAAUAACGGGAUUGACCAAUAAAUAUCUCGCUAGCAAAAUGUACAACCUGAAAGAGCUUGUGUCUGUACGUCUGACCACAUAUACAAGAUACAAUGGGACUGUUUACUAACAAAGUGCAGAAUACCUGUGUAUCACAGCGCCAAAUUCUACCUUUGUGAUUUGUUGUUGCAAUGUAUAGUUGGAACUUUAUGUUUAAAAAAAAAAAAAAAGGCAGAGAUGAUGCUGACAGUAACCAAGACGCCUCUAUUCUUCUCAUGUAGGUCGAAUAAUGAAUGCUAAUAUCUGAUUGGUUGUUUUGUGUCACACUUUCACGUCUCUUUCCUCUGUAAUUUACAUGAGGCCCAGAAAGUCUACAGGGCCAACCAUUUAUACUAUGUAUGCUUUCAUGUGUCAUUAAAUCAUUUUUUAGUUCA